UGUGUUCUACAACAUGCUUGUCAAAAUGCCACACCCAAACAAAUAGAAGACGCCAUUCCACUUAAAACAAAACCAAACUCUUACAACUUCCCAAUUCCUUUAUAAAAUUCUCUCUCUGGUUUACCAACUUCCCUUGAAAAAACCCACAAGAAAACAAGAUUAUGGCUUCACUCAAAAUCUUCAACUCUGUUCUUGUGUUCUUGGCAAUAAUGGGUACUUGUGGUUCUACAAGAUUGCAAUUUCCAGGAGAUAAUAACAGCGAGGACUUUAUUUCUACUUCAUGCAGCCACACCCUCUACUACCAAGUCUGUGCAUCUACCUUAAGAUCUGAUCCUCGCAGCAAAACAGCAGAUCUUCAAGGGCUAGCUCGUAUUGCACUUAACAUUAGCAAAUCAUAUGGGGUGGCAACUGUAGCCCACAUUGGUGAUUUGAAAUCUGAAGCUACAGGAAAUGAGAGUCUCUCCAGUUGCUUGGAUGAAUGCAGAGAAGAAUAUAGUGAGGCUGUUGAAAAUCUGGAAGAUGUAGUUGAAGCUCUAAAUGCUAGAUCCUUAGAAAAUGUGAAGACAUUGGUGAGCUCUGCGAUGACAUAUUCAGAUACGUGCGAGGAGAGCUUUGAGGAGAUACAACUUGCUUCUCCUCUGGUUGAUAGAAACCUGUAUUUCAGUAAGUUGUGCAGUAAUUUUCUGGCUAUAUCCAGUCUUUUAAGUUGAUAGAGAGAUUCAAGAACUGGAGAUGAUAUAUUUUUUUUUAAUUGUUGAUUU